AUGACGUCCGAUCUAUUUGAUCGCAAUCAAGAACGGAGGCUUCCAGUGCAAAUCUCGGCUGUCGCUGCAGAAAUAGCGGUGGACCAGCUGGUGUUGCAGCCAAUUUCCAAGAUCGAGGGCCACGUGAAGCUUCCUGGCUCCAAGUCCCUAUCUAACCGCAUCCUGCUCUUGGCUGCGCUCUCAAGAGGCACAACCGUCGUCAAGAAUCUGCUGGACAGCGAAGACAUCCGCUACAUGGUGAGGGCGCUGAAGGCUCUGGGGGUUAAGUUGGAGGAGAGGCCCCUGACGGCGGCUGUGGCGGCGGCCGGGCGCGGCGAAUUUGUGUUGGACGGAGUUGCGCGCAUGCGCGAGCGUCCGAUCCAGGAUCUUGUGGAUGGCCUGUGCCAGCUGGGCGUUGUGGCACAGUGCAGCCUCGGCACCGGCUGCCCCCCUGUCACUGUCCAGGCUGAUGGGCUUCCCUCAGGCACAGCCGAUGGGGUCUGCUCCGGCACAGUUGAGCUGAGCGGGGCGGUGAGCAGCCAGUAUCUGACGGCGUUGCUGAUGGCAGCACCCCUGGCCAAGGGUGAGGAGGGAGUGACCAUCAAGAUCAGUGACGAGCUGGUUAGUCAGCCUUACGUCGACAUGACCAUCCGCCUCAUGGAGCGCUUCGGCGUCAAGGUGGACCGGCUGGAUGGCUUACAGCACAUGCACAUCCCUCCUGGGCAGACCUAUGUGUCUCCGGGGGAGGCCUAUGUUGAGGGGGACGCCUCCUCAGCUUCCUACUUCCUGGCAGGGGCCACGAUCACAGGGGGGACUAUGACGGUGGAGGGCUGCGGCAGUGACAGCCUGCAGGGGGACGUGCGUUUCGCUGAGGUCAUGGGCCUCAUGGGCGCUGAUGUCACCUGGGGCCCCUACUCCAUCACCAUCACAGGGCCUCCGCGUGGGAACCUGCAGGGAAUUGACCACGACUGCAAUGACAUUCCAGACGCAGCCAUGACUCUCGCCGUCGCGGCUCUCUUCGCAGAAGGGCCGACUCGCAUCAGGAACGUCUACAAUUGGCGUGUCAAGGAGACAGAGCGGAUGAAGGCAAUAGUGGCAGAGCUCGGCAAGCUGGGAGCACAGGUGGAGGAAGGCCGAGACUACUGUGUGAUCACACCCCCAGAGAAGCUCAAGCGGGUGGCAAUCGACACGUAUGACGACCACAGAAUGGCCAUGGCGUUCUCCCUGGCAGCCUGCGGCGAUGUGCCAGUCACUAUCAAUGACCCGGGAUGCACCCGCAAGACCUUCCCAACCUAUUUUGAUGUCCUGGGCAGCGUUGUGAGCCGGGCUUGA